AUGACACAAAGGGAAAGAGUACUACUGAAGAAGAAGAACAAGAAUCGGGAGAGAAGAAAUCAGAGAUCACAUCUAAAACCGAAGAGGCAUUUUAGCUCCAAGGUCAAAAAGCCCGAUUACAUCCAUGUCUGGGCUCGUCGGGGCCAGGCCACUGACAGCCACAGCCUAGCUGAAAGAGCGCGAAGGGAGAAAAUCAACAAGAAGAUGAAGUGUCUGCAAUAUUUAGUCCUCAGGUGUAAUAAAGUUACUGGCAAAGCUAGGAUGCUUGAUGAGAUUAUUUACUAUGUUCAGUCCUUACAAAAGCAAAGGGAGUUCCUCUCGAUGAAGCUGGCUACAGUGUACUCCAGGCUUGACUUUUGCAUUGAUAAUAAUAUCUUCGCAAAAGAGCAAUUGCAGCAGCUGUCAGAUUGGGAAUCAGAUUGGCCCAGCCGAUUAAAUUACUUGUUUCAGAACAUCAAUGUUGUCGGUUUCUUCAUUAUUCGCAGGUAA